AUGACUCCAUCCAAAUGUCGGUGUUGUGCUGCUCCCAAGCAAGAAAGUCUUUCUCGUUUAUUCAUUCAGUCGGAUAUUGCUCGUGGCGUUUGGAGUAAUUACGCAAGGAUUUGGCAGAAACCUUAUGUUUAUGGGUCUAUGCAGCAUCUAGUUGAAGUUUGGAUGGUUGAAGCUAGUAUUAACACUCAAGACGGUUUUAUGGAGCUUGGUACUCUCAUGUUCGGUUGUUGGGAGAUCUGGAAAAUUCGGUGCAUGGCAAUCUUCGAGAAUACUCCGAUGAAUACGACCACUAUUACUCGAAGUAUAUUCUCACAUCUUCGAGCUUUGAAUGAUGCUUUCGUGGGAAAACACCCAAUGAAAACGAUGGGUUGUCUCAUAAUCCAACAAUUAAAUUUGGAGGUUAAGUCACCUCCAUUGACUAGGGGCAGCUGGAUAAAGUGGAACCCUCCAAAUCCACUUCAAGUCAAGGUCAACGUGGAUGGCUCAGGAAAAGGGGAUGAAUGUUCCGGUGGUGGGUUAAUUCGGACUCACAAUGGAUCUUUUAUUCGAGGCAUUUCUAUUUUUUACGGUCAAGGUACUCACAUUCUUGCAGAAGCCCAGACAAUUCUCGAUAGGUUGCGAAUUUGUCAAGAGAUGGGUUUUACACAGGUUAAAGUAGAGUCAGAUUCCAAAUUAGUUAUCGACAUGAUUUAUCAUAAAGCCACAGUUGCAUGGGAGUUAAUUUACGUCAUCAGAGGCAUUAGAAGACUUCUCAAGGACGAUUGGCACGUGAUGCAUAUUUAUCGAGAGGGUAAUCGGGUGGUAGAUGGGCUAGCUAAGUUGGCUCAUGAGCACGAAGAGAGGAAGCUAUCUACAGUUGCAAACGAACUUCCUAGCUCGUUGUAUUAG